AUGACAGCGUUCGACAUGGCUUACAAUCCGUAUGGCAGUUAUCAUCAUUUGGCCGUGGACAACUGUAAUGCGUCGUGCUACGAAAAAGUAAGACACGUGCAUAUUUAUUACUGUCGCCUGUUUUUCUUUUGAUCAAAAAUAUAAAACGGUUCACGUAUGAUUGAUUGUAUACGUAUAUUAUGUUACACGGGUUAUUUUUUUUUGUUUUUCUGAGCGAAGCGAGUAAUCCACUGGUGUCUGUAAACAACCUGUUUUUACCGGAAAUAUUGUUCCAAUCCAAAACUGUAUCAGUACUUUUUUAUAAGUAUUUUUGAUCAUUAGAUUAUAUUUAUUAUUUAUACAAACAUAAAUUAAAUUACUGUAUACAUGUCCAUCGUCCAUUUUUCAAAUUUUCCUCCUAAAACAGUGGCACACCCAUAUCAUGUGCAGUGUCAGCUUUUAUUCUAUAUGAAAUUAAUCCAAGCUCGUGAAAUCGAUAACGCUUAUAAUCUAUACAAAAUAAUAAUACUACAUAGAUGAAAAUAAAGCCGAAAAUACUUAGCAAUUUGCAACCGUAGAUGACCACUACUGUAAGUGGGAAGUUUGAAAUGUAUAGGUUAUAUCGCACGGUUAUAUCUAUACCUAUAAGACAAUUUAGUUUAUAUAGCGACAAUAAAUCAUCACAGAAUUAAAAAAACCAUUCUGAGAGGAGCUCAAUAGACUGACACGGUUAUACACGUUAUAGUACCUAUUAUAUUUUUCCGCUGUGUAACCGAGGUAACCUGACAAAAGUAAAACCGAUAUAACGUUAUUUGUUGUCAAGUACUUGUUUUUAAAAUUUUAUAGAAAACCCGUCCGAAAACUAGAUAUUUUUUCAAAUAUAGUAACAAUCCGAAUCUUUUAUGGUAGGUACUAUACAUAAUAUAUUUGUAAAAUUUCGAAUUAUUUUACUCACAACAAAUGUUUUUUAGGGGAGGGGGGGGGGUAAAUGCGCUAUUAUUCAACCGCUCGUAUAAUAUUCGCUAUACACUUUGCUAAAUUCAUAAACUUUUAACUGCAGAUUAAUUAUAAUCGACCGAUUUGAUUUAAAUUAUAUUUCUAUUUCGUUUAAAAUUAUUACUAUGCAAUACAAUCAUUAUUUUUCUCUAUAUUAAUAUAAUAUUUAAUUUAAUACUGGAAUAAUUACGCCAUUAAAAAACCAUAAAUAACGCGGAUAUGAAUAGUGUUUUUCCUAUAUUUCGAGGUAAUUACUUAGGUUCCGCAUGUGCAAUUACAAUAGCAAUUUAUUUUUUUACGAAAUCCUUUACGCGAUUGAAGGAUAAACACCUAAUUUUGUUAUUACACUUGCAAUGAAUUCAUUGACAUUAUAAUUUAUACUUAUACGGAUGGUCGUAUGAAGAUAAACUUGUAACUUAUGUGUAUAAAUAUUAUUGUGUAUAUGUCGUGUAUGUGUGUGUGUGUGUGUGUGUGUGUGUGUAUGUGUUUUAAUAAACUUACGUCGAAUGGGUAAUUUAAACAAUUUAAAAAACUAGUUUCGUGUAAGCGCUUGUUAAUCGAAUAAUCGGCUAUAUGUUAAUAAGAAUGGUUUUAUAGGAAUUAUUUUAAAUCUGUUUUUUUUUUCAAUAAUAUUUGAUUACAUUUUUAAUUGAUUUUUUUUGUUUUUGUUUCAUUGCGCAUAAUAUAAUGGUCAUAACUCGUAUCGUUCUAUACGGACAGCCCGUACAGGUUCAAUAUAAUAGUUGCGAAAACUAUAUUAUCUAUACUAGUAUAUUCGAAUUUGAAUUUACUUCGUGUUUUCGUGUCAUAAUAUUCACUCGCGUCAUAUUCGUCGACAUGCUUUACACCUUUUUUUGUUUUUUUUGCAAGCACGUAAAAAAAACACACAUCAUAUAUUAUCAUAGUAAAAUCUAUACGUAUUUUUUGCCACGAGCUAUACGCGGUCAGAAUCUAAAAAAAGAUCGGUGUGAUAAAUUUAAUUUUCUGUUUGUUCUACCAUCGUAUGUUAACUAUUGUAAUGUACACAGCAUCAAUGCCAUACUACGUCAAUAUGUCGGUUAUACGUUAUAAACUGGCCACUGGCGGUAUAUAUGGGUUUAUACAACCUGUUAGUAAUUUAGUAUAUACGAGCGAACAGUAUGUUUUUAUUACGUUUAGCUCGCGGGCAAAAAACGGUGCAAAAACAUUUAAUGUUAUAAUAUGUACAGUAUAUUAUAGUCUACACUAUAUUAUAAUUUGUACUCGAUACAUUUUGUAUCAUAUAACUCCUACGAUAUAAUAAUAAUCAGAUACACGUGCAAGUCUAUCGGUAUUUCGCGGUAUACUUCUAAACGAUCUGGUCCGGAGAUGUGCUGCAGUGUCUCUAAAACUAUUGUGUUGUCUUCAAUAUUAAGGUCGUAGAACGUGAGUGUGGCUAAGAGGCUAUACCUUCCAACCCUUAAUAUACAUAUAGCUCACCCAUGAAAAAUAAAAAGCAAGGUUCUUCCGUUACCCUUUUUUUUUGGCCAAAAAUGUACAAAAUAUAUCAAAAGCUUAUAUCUACUAUAUCGUCGAUAAAAAAAUAAAAUGUUUAUAGUUUUUUGUGAGAAGCAUAUUUUUAAUGAAAUUGAUAAAAUAUGAAAAAAAAAAAUCUAUUUAGUUUCCCACUGUUUAGAAUCAUUUCGUGUAUCUCUAUGGAAAAUUAAUAUAGAUACUUCGUAGGAAGCUUGAAAAAUAGACUGUUUUUAUUUGUACGACAAUCUUUUAAAAACUAAUUUUUCGAAAAACCAGUAGAUAGUGCCUUUUCAUUAUCAGGUGACGACUCGCUCUUCUCCGUUAUGAUAUCCUCACUGCUCCAUCUACAUAGUUGAAUGAUAAUAGCUUUAUACGCACACACGCACACACGAUAAUAUAUAGGCAUACUAUUGCUGGAAACGAUCGAUCGAAAUAUUAAAGUUUACCGUUUAUAUAUUAUUAUUAUAUACGAGUAUAUUAUAAAUAGUGUGUGCGCAUAUUGUGUGUACCAACAACGCAAGAGUAGUGCGAGUGUACUAAACGGGCAUAUUAAAUUAUAUUUAUGGGCUCGUAAAACCGAAAUCAGUCGCGGACCCGGUUUAUAUUGUAAUAUGCGCCACCGAUGAAAUUUAUGACGUUUAGCUCAUUAACCCCUUCAUACCGGAGGUCAUUGAGAUCCCCAUUGAGUUGCCCGUUAACUUUUUUGAUAUAGAACAUAAAUCAACCGGCGACAGUAUUUAUAAUAUUGUCAAUGGUUUUUUUUUUUUUUUUUUUUUUUUUUUUUCAUAUAAUAUGUAUACCUUUACGCGUGUGCAUAAAUAUGAUUGUGCACUCGUCGUCAUUCUGUAAUAUUUACCGUAAAACAAUUCGAUUUAUCAUAAUAAAGUUGAUUGGACUUUUCCUACGUAGAUUUGGCGCUUAAUUUUAGACUCGGAACGGAAUGAGGGAUCUGUUGGAUUCAGUGGCACAACCAGGAUUUAUUUUCGAAGAGAGUUUUAUGAAUUUGAAAAAAAAAGUCAAUUUUGGAUGUUAUUUGUUGGAGUGGAGACACUAA